CAUGUUAUGCUAUUAGCAUUAAUACUAAUAAUUAGGAAGAAAAGAAAAGUAUAUCAUAAGGAAUGGGCAAAUCGACGAUGGUUGGUGCAUCCGAUUAAUACUCGUCGUAAUACGUUAGGUUAUUACUGCACUUUUGGUUCAAAAAUUAAAAAAUCAUCCUGAUAAGUUCUUUAACUAUACAAGAAUGUCAUUGGGAGUAUUUAAUAAAUUAGUAAAUAAAGUAACGCCACUUUUGGAAAAAAUUAGCAAUCAAGAAACAAUUUCGCCUGAACAUCGUUUAAUCAUAACAUUAAGAUAUCUGAGUACAGGAGAUGAGAUUUCAUCGAUUGCUUUACAGUUUCGUGUAAGUAAAUCAACAGUUCAUAACAUAAUUGGAAAAACUACAACUGCAAUAGCACACAUAUUAAUACCUGAAUAUGUAAAGUCACCAAAUGAAGCACAAUGGAAAGAAAUAAGUAAAGGCUUCUAUGAAGAUUGGAAUAUGCCUAACUGCGUGGGAGCCGUUGACGGCAAACAUGUUCAAAUACAGGCUCCACCAAACAGUGGUUCCAUGUGUUUUAACUAUAAAAAUCUUUUAGUACAGUUUUAAUGGCAGCCUGUGAUCAUGAAUAUAAAUUCACAUUAGUUGACAUUGGCGCAUAUGGAAGCGAGAGUGAUGGGGGAAUCUUCUCAAGAUCAUCUUUUGGACAAGCAAUAGAGGAAGAAGCAUUAAAUUUACCUAAAAUUAAGUUUGCCUUCCCAAAUCAAACAUAAAAAGUCAUUAUUUUUUCGUAGGAGAUGAAGCAUUUAAAAUAUCUUGUCGUAUGAUGAGACCUUAUCCUGGCAAAAAUAUUACAGUUCAACAAAGAAUAUUUAAUAAUAGAUUAUCACGAGCUAGACGAGUAAUAGAAAAUGCUUUUGGCAUUUUAGUUUCGCGCUGGCGAAUAUUUAAAAAAUGAAUAAAUAAGAAUCUUAAUAACGUUGACAAAAUAAUUGCAGCAUGCGUAGCUUUUCAUAAUUGUAUAAUGGUAGAGGAAAAAAUGAGGAAAGAAAUGGAAGACAAUAUUUACGCAGACAAUUUAUUGAUGCCGAAAAUAAUGAAGUUUUUGAAGU